AGCAAUAAAGCUCCAUCGUCUUCUCACUCACGGAACUCUGAACUCACGUUCUCCCUCUCUUUCUCUCUCUCUCUUCGAAAAAUUCGAAGCUGAGACAACAAAAUGGAGACGCGAUGUUCUUCCAUGGCGGCUGUGUUCUUUUUCGUGGCGGCUCUAAUGGCGUCUUCCUCAACCUCAGCAGUACCGACACAGUCGUUCGAAGAAAACUUCAAUAUAAUGUGGUCUGAAAACCACUUCACGACUUCCGAGGAUGGACAGAUCUGGAAUCUCGCCUUAGACAACGAUACCGGAUGUGGAUUUCAGACGAAGCACAUGUACAGAUUCGGAUGGUUCAGUAUGAAGCUAAAGCUCGUCGGCGGCGACUCAGCCGGCGUCGUCACCGCUUACUACAUGUGUUCGGAGAAUGGAGCCGGACCGGAGAGAGACGAGAUAGAUUUCGAAUUUCUAGGGAACCGAACCGGAGAACCGUACAUCAUUCAGACCAAUGUGUUUAAGAACGGAACCGGGAAUCGCGAGAUGCGACAUUCCCUCUGGUUCGACCCAACCAAGGACUACCACACCUACUCAAUUCUCUGGAAUAACCACCAGCUCGUGUUUUUCGUGGAUAGAGUACCGAUUCGAGUGUACAAGAACAGCGACAAGGUACCAAACAACGAUUUCUUCCCGAACCAGAAGCCGAUGUACUUGUUUUCCAGCAUCUGGAACGCCGACGACUGGGCGACACGUGGCGGUCUCGAGAAGACCGACUGGAAAAAAGCUCCAUUCGUCUCUUCCUACAAGGACUUCGCCGUUGAAGGCUGCCGUUGGAAGGAUCCGUUCCCUGCUUGCGUCUCCACCACAACGGAGAACUGGUGGGACCAGUACGACGCAUGGCACUUGUCAAAGACACAGAAGAUGGACUAUGCGUGGGUGCAACGUAACCUUGUCGUAUACGAUUAUUGCAAGGACCGUGAGAGAUUCCCUAAAAUGCCUUGGGAGUGUUCCAUUAGCCCUUGGGCUUAAGCUCAAUUUUUGGUCUUUCGUCUUAAGCAUUAAGUUGAAAUGGUUGCUGUAAUAAUUUUGUACGUUUUUUUUUCUUCUUCUUCUUCAUUUCAUUUCUUAUUGAUUGUAUCAUCUGUUAUUUAAUUAAUUAUUUAGUCGGCUAUGUCUCGUAACUUUGCA